AUGGCUAUUUUAUUCAUCGCUGUAUUCCUGUUCGUUGUCGUCGUGUAUCUUAGCGUAUCUUUGACAUAUGGCAAGUCACGUCUUAACGAUGCUGCUUUGCGUUUGUUUGGCAUUCGAAAAUUGAACAUAUUUUAUGCCACCAAUGGAGGAAUAGCAAAAAAGUAUGCUGUUGAACUGGCUGUGCGCUUGAAGCCGAUAUGUACGAUUCGACUAGUGAAUUUAGAGACGUACGAUCCAGAGGAUAGCUUACAACAUGAGAACGACAUUUCCCUCUUCAUCGUCAGCACUUUCAUUAACGGUUUUCCCCCAGAAAAUUGCCGUUGGUUUUUUACAUGGGUGAAUGAUGCCGCCUCUGACUUCCGUUACGAUCACCAUUUGUUGCAUAAACUCAAAUUUGCGGUUUUCGGCAUAGGUGACAGCGUUUAUGGGGAAGAUUACAACAAAGUCGCCAAGUCAUUCAGGAACGGUCUGUUGAAACUGGAAGCGAAGGAAAUCAUUCCUUUGAAACUGGCGGAUGAAAGCUGUUCCGUUGAUGAAGGCGGGUACCAUUCGUAUACAUGGCGUUUGAUUUCACGACUGUUUUCUGCAGGCAUCGAUGAGUCGUUCGAGCUCUGGGCAAACCGGCUGAUGGAGUAUCUUUCGCGUGUGAUAGAUGAUAAGAAUGAUUGCCAACCGACCUCGACUGUUGUCACAUGGGGAGACAAAGAAACACUGCCGUCGGUGACUGUUGAAGUGACAGACUUAGAGGACAUUUUACUUACAAUUCCGAAACAAGGCAUCCAACUUCGAGAGAUGAUCACACCAUCCCUGCGCCAGAGUUUAUCCAAGCAAGGUUACAAGUUAAUUGGAAGUCAUUCGGGCGUCAAACUGUGCAGAUGGACUAAGUCAAUGCUCCGCGGACGUGGGGGCUGUUACAAGAAUACUUUUUACGGAAUUAACAGUCAUCAAUGUAUGGAGGUGACCCCAAGUUUAGCAUGUGCCAACAAAUGCGUGUUUUGUUGGCGGCACCACUCGAAUCCGGUUGGAACCAGCUGGAACUGGAAGAUGGACGAUCCAGAGUUUAUCUUUCAAGAAGCGAUCAGGCAACAUUUGAAGAUCAUUAAGGAGAAUCGAGGUUUGCCUGGUGUAAAAGAGGAUCGCUUCGAGGAAGCUCAUAACGUGAAACAUUGUGCUCUUUCGUUGGUUGGGGAACCGAUCAUGUUCCCAAAGAUCAACGAAUUUGUUGACAUUCUGCACCGUCACGGAAUAUCAACUUUUUUGGUGACCAACGCCCAAUUUCCAGAGGAAAUCAGAAAACUGCAACCCGUUACGCAGCUCUACUGUAGCAUCGAUGCUUCUACCGAAGGCAGUUUGAAGCAGAUCGAUCGUCCACUGUUCAAAGACUUUUGGAAACGUUUCAUUGACAGUUUGACUGCUUUGAGAGACAAGCAACAGAGAACCGUGUACCGACUUACGCUUGUCAAAGGCUAUAACACUUCAGAAAUCGAACAAUACGCUAAACUGGUUGAACUUGGAAGCCCAGACUUCGUCGAGGUCAAGGGUGUUACCUACUGUGGAACAUCAAAGGAUAGCCAUUUGACAAUGGAAAAUGUACCUUGGCAUUCCGAAGUUAUCUGUUUCGGUAUUAAGCUGAUGGAGCAUUUGAAAGAUUACGAAAUCGCCACUGAACAUAAACAUUCUAAUUGCAUACUGCUUGCCAAAACAAAGUACAAAAUUAACGGAGUCUGGCAUACGUGGAUUGAUUACGCAAAAUUUCAAGAGCUCUAUCAGCUGUACGUCACUUCAGGGAAACGAUUUUCUUCGAUGGACUAUAUUGCUGAGACCCCUCACUGGGCGUUGUUUGAAUCUGAAGAACAUGGCUUCAAUCCAGCUGACGUCAGGUGGUACAGAAAAAAUCGAAAAGUUGUGCCUGAAUGA